AUGCCAGGCUACGGAAAGCAAUCUCCCGAGAUCCAAGAACAGAUCAAGGAGCUGCUCGAGGCCGGCUUCGACCCCACCACAAUCCAUCGCAGGCUCAAGGUCGGCAGGAGUUCCAUUUAUCGCAUGAAGCGAUGCCUGCAGCAGCAUGGCACAAACUAUAUGCCUCCCGAGCUGAACAAGAAGAAUGGAAGGCCUAAGGUGUUGACGCCGGACCAAGAGCUGGUGAGUGGCCCCAUUCCCAUGCGAAAAUCUUGUCUCGUUCACUGAGAUUCGUACCAGGAAGUCUGCGACUGGCUACGAGAUCCGAAGAACCGGACGCGCUUUCUGGACGACCUGGUCUGGCUGAUCCACGACAGGUUUGGUACCGUGUGCAGCACAACCACCAUGUCCAAGUUAAAGCGUAAAUGGUCGCGUGUCAUCGAAUUUGAAGAGAACGGCACCCCCCUUGACGACACGACUCGCGUUCAGCUCAUGGAGACACAUCCCGACCUACCGAUACUACAUCAGCAGUCCGUUCCAGAGGCACAGAUGGGAGUAUCAGCACAGCUUCAACCAGUGGACAUGCCAAUGCAGCAGCAACAGCAGGCAGGCAUGCAAGCCGCUGCAUUGCAGGCUAUGGCAGGUGCUCUGGAACCGCAGCUCGAGCAGCAAAUCGACUCGCAGCUUGAACAGCAACUUCAUGGGGAGAUCACGAGCUUCACCGAUUCCCACAUGCAGCACGUGGGCCUGUAG